AUGACGGGUUUGACUCAAAAGAAGGCAAAGUUCAUAUGGUUCGAAGCUUGUGAGAAGAGUUUUCAAGAGUUGAAAGAUAAGCUUACUUCCGAUCUGGUGUUAACUGUACCAGAAGGUACUGAUUGGUUUGGGGUGUAUAGUGAUGCCUCUCGAAUUGGAUUAGGAUACGUGCUUAUGCAAAAUAGUAAAAUCAUGCCUCCUCAUAGAGCUUACACAAGGGAUGCUAAUGCUCGCAACGCUAACGUAAUUCCUCUAGUCCCAGCUCAUGAGGUUUUGAAUGUAGAGUUUUGGAAUGUAAUCCAACUUUUGGCCCACAACGUAGUCAACAAGAACAGUCAGCAUGUUCCAGUUCCUAGGUUCACAAGUUAA